CUCCUUUCACUCUUUUUUAUUUUCUUUCAUCUCUCCUUUUCUUUUUCUUUUUCUUUUCUUUUUUAUUUAUUAUUCAUUGAUAUGGUAACACCUCCACUCUCUCAACAAUUGGAUCUCUAUUCAAAAGAUACUAAAGUAUGGUUUGCUGAUGAUAAAGAAGGUUGGGUUUCAGCUACUUGUAUAUCAAAACACAUCGAUGACAAGGUGACUUUAUUGUUUCAAAACGAUAUAGACAAUUCAAAGGAACAUAUAUUCGAAGCAACAUAUAAGGAACUUGAAAAGAAUAAUGGAUCAACAUUACCACCACUUCGUAAUCCUAAUAAACUAGAAUCAACAGACGACUUGACAAGUCUUAGUUAUUUGAAUGAACCUUCAGUACUCCACACCAUUCGUAAAAGAUAUGAUCAAAAAAUCAUUUAUACUUAUUCUGGUAUUGUCUUGAUUGCUACCAAUCCUUUUGAUCGAGUAUCCCUUUAUGAACCUGAUAUUAUUCAAAAAUAUUCUGGAAGUCGUCGUGGUGAUUUGGAUCCUCAUUUAUUUGCUAUUGCUGAAGAUGCUUAUCGUUGUAUGAUUCGUCAACAACAAAAUCAAACCAUCAUUGUAUCUGGUGAAAGUGGUGCUGGAAAAACAGUUAGUGCCAAAUAUAUCAUGCGUUAUUUUGCUACUGCUGAUGAUAAAGAAGCUACUGGGAAAUUAGCAAAGAAUAAUCAAGGAAUGACUGAAGUAGAAGAACAAAUUUUAGCUACCAAUCCUAUCAUGGAAGCAUUUGGAAAUGCAAAAACAACAAGAAAUGAUAAUAGUUCUAGAUUUGGGAAAUACAUUGAAAUUCAAUUUGAUAAAGAAUGCAAUAUCAUUGGUGCCAAAAUUAAAACUUAUUUAUUGGAACGAUCCCGACUUAUUUAUCAACCUGAAACUGAACGCAAUUAUCAUAUUUUUUAUCAAUUAUGUAGUGGUCUUCCAUCCAAAGAAAAACAACAAUUGGGCUUAAAAAAUUGGUCAGAUUAUCAUUAUCUCAAUCAAAGUGGUGCUGGUACUAUUCCUGGUGUAGAUGAUGCUGAAGAAUUUGAAUUGACUCAACAAUCAUUGAUCAAAGUUGGUAUAUCAAAAGACAUUCAAACUUAUCUCUUCCAAUUACUGGCAGCACUUUUACAUAUGGGCAACAUUGAUAUUACUGGACGUGGUGAUGCUAUGAUUGCUGAAGAUGAUCCAAGUUUACUCAUGACAACCAAGUUACUCGGUAUCAAGACUUCAGAUUUUAGAAAAUGGAUUGUACGUCGACAAAUUACUACCAGAUCUGAAAAGAUCGUCACUAAUCUCAGUCCUACUCAAGCUCAAGUUGUUCGUGAUUCAGUUGCCAAACAUAUUUAUGCUCACCUAUUCGAUUGGUUGGUCGACAUUGUGAAUGAUACUCUCUCAAGUUCUUCUCCUGAAAGUGUAGCUACUUUUAUAGGUGUGUUGGAUAUUUAUGGUUUUGAACAUUUCAAGAAGAAUUCGUUUGAACAAUUUUGUAUCAAUUAUGCCAAUGAAAAAUUACAGCAACAAUUUAAUCAACAUGUAUUCAAACUGGAACAAGAAGAAUACGUUCGGGAAGAAAUCAAUUGGAAGUUUAUCGAAUUCAGUGAUAAUCAGAAAUGUAUUGAAAUGAUUGAAGCUAAAAUGGGUAUUCUUUCACUUCUGGAUGAAGAAUCUCGUUUACCCUCUGGAACUGAUCAAGCCUUCUGUAACAAGCUUUAUCAAACAUUUGCAUCACCACCUUAUCAAGACUAUUUCAAGAAACCUCGGUUUUCCAACAGUUCAUUCACCGUCGUUCAUUAUGCUCAUGAUGUACAAUACGAAGCUGAAGGAUUUAUGGACAAGAACAAGGAUACCGUACCUGAUGAACAUUUGGCUUUGUUACAAGGUGCUGAAUUUAACUUUUUGGUGGAUAUGCUUCAAGAAAAUAACUCAAGCAAUAGUGGAUCUGACUCUCCGACAAAUAGUCCAAAACGUCUUAGCUUGGUGAAGAAACCAACACUUGGUUCCAUUUUCAAGUUAUCGUUGAUCAGUUUGAUGGAUACUAUCGGUCAAACCAAUGUGCAUUAUAUUAGAUGUAUCAAACCAAACGAAGCCAAAGCAGCAUGGCAAUUUGAACCCAAUAUGGUACUUGCUCAAUUACGCGCAUGUGGUGUAUUAGAAACAAUCCGUAUUAGUUGCUCCGGUUAUCCUACUCGGUGGACAUUUAGUGAUUUUGUUGAUCGCUACUACGUGUUGGUUCCUUCUGAUCAAUGGCGUCCAAGGAACAAGGCAGAUGAAAGAAAACUAUGUGGUGCUAUUUUAGAUACUCAUGUUACUAGUCCUGAUAGAUAUCAAAUUGGUUUAACUAAAAUCUUCUUCCGAGCUGGACAGUUGGCUUAUAUGGAAAAAUUACGAACUGAUCGAUGGAGCGAAGUGGCAAUUCUCCUCCAAAAGAAUAUGCGACGAUAUAUGGCACGUUUAAAGUACAAACAGACUCUAGGUUUUAUUCUCAAGUUACAACAAGUGGCUCGAAAGAAACAUGGUCGAGCACUUCUUCAUCAAUUACGACAAGACAAGGCAGCAACAGUCAUUCAAUCCUAUUGGCGUAUGUAUGUUGUACGAAAAGCAUUCCUUGAACGACGGGCAUUCAUCAUCAAACUUCAAACAGCAGUACGAUCUGUGAUGGCAAAGAAACACUUCUCAAUGGUACGAAAACACAAUGCAGCAACACAAAUUCAGAGUUUGGUGCGUGGAUGGAUGGUUCGUCGUUUGUACCAAACCAAACGGCAAUUUGUUAUUCGAAUUCAAUCAUGUGUCCGACGACGUCAAGCUCGCAAACAACUGGUGGUAAUCAAGGCAGAAGCACGUUCUGUAUCUCACUUUAAGGAGGUAUCCUACAAGUUGGAAACUAGAGUGGUGGAAUUGACACAAAGUUUGACACGACAAAAAGAAGAAAAGGGGCAUCUGAAGGAAAAGGCAACUGAAUUGGAAGAACAAGUACGAAACUGGAUCGAAAAGUAUGACCAAUUAGAUCAACGUGCAAAACAACUCGACCCAACAACAGAAGAUGAGAAGACUUCAUCAACAACAACAACUGAUAAUAGCAAUAAAUGGCAUCAAUGGCAUCAAGAACGUCAAGGCUUGGAACAAGAAUAUUUCACUUCAUUGAACAAGAUUAAACAUCAAGAUAAAGAAAUUGAACGUCUUCGGGAUGAAUUGACCAAACAAAAGAAUGAAAUGACAAAGCUACGUGAUACUUCUCAAAAGGCCGUUCAAUCACUUGCUGAUAUCCCCAAUGUUAGUGAACUCAAGUCUCAAAUCGCAGCUUUGAAAAGUCAAUUAUCUCAUACCUUGAAUCGUCAACCUCAUCGUACCAUCAAGCAACCAUCGACUCACAACGGUACAACCGCAUUACAUCAACAACCUGAAAACAACAAGGAUGAAAUUUCCAGUAAUGAACUCUUUGAUAUCGAUACCCAAGUGUCUCAAGAUUUGCAUACAUUACUGUUGGAUGAACAAACGCUACAUAAAGAAAUCUAUGAAUCACUUAUCCGAUUAUCUAUCACAGAUCCUACGACACGUGAUAUUAAUGGUGAUAAUGGUUGUGAUGCCAAAUCAGAAAAACAGGUUACUACUGAUGACUCCAUCUCUACCAACAUCCUUUUCCCUGCUCAUAUCAUAGACUUGUGUCUCGUUCUUAUGUGGAAAUUAGGUGAUUUGGUUGAAUCUGAACAAUUUAUCUUUUCAACUAUUGACGUGAUUCGAAAACAUUGUCAGGAACAACAUGGCGAUGAUGUUUUGGCUGUUUAUUUGUAUUGGUUAACGAAUGCACAUGAACUUUUAUCAUUGGUAUUUAUUAUGGAACCAUUAAAAACAUCAACUCAUCAACAUGCUGUGGACAAGGUUGUCAACAAAGUCAAAUAUGAAUUACAACGAUUACAAAUGGAUUUGUUUGGACAAGUAAUGAAGGAGAUUCAUAUCAAGUUGAACAAGAUGGCGGUGGCAGCUGUGAUUGAAAGUCAAUGUCUUCCCGGAUUCUUGGCAAACGAUACUGGGCGUCUAUUUAACAAUAAUCAAGCGGCGGCAUUUACGAUGGAUGAUUUGAUUCGUUAUUUUGACCAUGUUAUCAAAUUGAUCGAACAUUAUCAAUUGGAAAUCUCUACCAAGGAACAAAUAGUGAAUGAAAUGAUCAAAUAUGUAGGUGUCACUUGUUUCAAUGAUAUGGUGAUGCGACGUAAUUAUAAUUCAUGGAAACGAGCGAUGCAAGUACAAUAUAAUUUGGUCCGAUUAGAAGAAUGGUGUCAAGCUCAAAACAUGUCAGAUGCUACUUUGGAAUUAGAAUAUUUAACACAAACCACAAAAUUAUUACAACUCAAAAAGAAUAGUUUGGAUGAUAUACAAAUAAUUUAUGAUGUAUGUUGGACAUUAUCGCCUACUCAAAUUCAAAAAUUGAUGCAAAAUUACCAUGUUGCUGAAUACGAGGAACCUAUUAGCCACGAGAUACUCCGAGUUGUGUCAGCCAAGGCAACAAGUCAUGACAACAAACAAUUACUAUUAGAUGCUACUACUGAUCAAACGAUCUUUGAAUUACCGCAACCUCGGACUGUUGUUCGUCAUUCAUUGGUAAAUGUAGAUCUCAAGUUGGAUCUUCCUCAUGUACAAAGACUUUUAGUAUUAGUAUCAAACGAAAAGUUUACGUAGAAAACUUUAUAUCCACAUUGCUACUUUCCUUUUAUCCAUUUACCUCAAUAAACUAUAGCUUGUGUUACCUACUACGGACUCCGGGAAUUGGAGAUAUUUUUAUAUAUUUUUUUUUUCUUUCUC